AUGAACCAUUUGAAGUUUUUGACUGUGAUAAGCAAUCAAGAGGUAAAACAUGCGGACGUAGAUAAGCAGACAAAAGAGCUUCUUAGGAAGAUGGCGAAGGAGAUCAGGUCGUGUGCAUCAGUCAGGAAGAACGGAGAUCUUGUGCAUAUCCUACCAGAGCCUCAACUGAUGUUUCCAAGGGAAUAUCUCAAGUCUCAUAUUGAGACGAAAUGGCAGAAGUUUGCAAGAAGCAAGGGAAUAAAGAAGAGGAGUAAGAGUGGACUUGUUUAUGAUGAGGAUAUUGGAGAGUACAUUCCACGGUAUGGACCAUACAGCAAGAUGAAUCGCAUUCUGAAGUCUGGAUUGGCAGAUGGUGAAAAGACAGUGUCAUCGCUCAGAAAGCAGAAAAAGCGGAAUAUUGAGAAGAAUAAUGCGAACAGAAUUGCAAAUGCAAGCAGAAUUGCAGUAAAGCCCAGCAAAAGUCAAAAGAAUUGA